GAUCCAAUAGAACCUCUAAAGGAAGAAGUCUUAUUGGGAAGCAUAAUAAGCCCCCUUCAGUCACUGGAAAAGGAGUUACAGUGGAACCAGACUUCUCUGUGGAUGAGUUUUCCACGUCCCUCCUCACUGGAAAGCUCACUACUGUCUUUCUUCCAAUUGUCUUCACAACUGUAUUUGUGGUUGGUUUACCAAGUAAUGGCAUAGCCCUAUGGGUCUUUCUCUUCCGAACAAAGAAGAAGCACCCUGCUGUGAUUUACAUGGCUAAUCUGGCUGUGGCAGACCUCCUCUCUGUUAUUUGGUUUCCCCUGAAGAUUGCCUACCACAUACAUGGCAACAACUGGAUCUAUGGGGAAUCUCUUUGCAAGGUGCUCAUUGGCUUUUUCUAUGGCAAUAUGUACUGUUCCAUUCUCUUCAUGACCUGCCUCAGCGUGCAAAGGUAUUGGGUUAUCGUGAACCCCAUGGUACACACCAGGAAGAGUGCAAACAUUGCUAUUGGUGUCUCCCUGGGAAUAUGGCUGCUGAUAUUGCUGGUCACUAUUCCCUUGUAUGUCAUGAAGCAGACCAUCUACAUUCCAGCCCUUAACAUCACGACCUGUCAUGAUGUUUUGCCGGAGGAGGUGUUGGUGGGGGACAUGUUCAAUUACUUCCUCUCUCUAGCCAUUGGAGUCUUUAUGUUCCCAGCCUUCCUCACAGCCUCUGCCUAUGUGCUCAUGAUCAGAACGCUCCAAUCUUCUGCCAUGGAUGAACACUCGGAAAAGAAAAGG